AUGCCUGCCGGAAAUGUGGACGGUGUCAAACACAUCGUUCCGUUCCUCCAGGCUUACCCGUUUCCAGGAUGGAUUCUGAUGCCUCCUCUGGCCCUCAACUCGCUGGCCGGCUUUGCGCUCGAGCCCAGCUGGUCAAACCCAGCCUUUGGCGAGCUAUUUGGCUCACGAGACGAGUUUAUGACCGCCAUAGGUCCCGGCAACGCGCUGAUGGAGUACGGAAACUGGGUCGAGACGAGUGACGCAACCACGACCCAUCGACUGGUGGUCAGAGUUCCUUGGCAGGACGAGGAAGACGAGCUCCAGGACCGCCAGAUCGUUGUUGAACUCGAGCUGACGAAAACAAGGAUCACAGAUGUGGCGAAGAACGUGUAUACUGUGAUAACCUCGACGGUGCAGUCACCGCUCCCCCCUCGGUUGCGUUCGAGACCGCUAUCGCGCCUAACUAGGCGGAGCAAAGGGAGACGUAAACCAACUCUCAAGCUUAAUGAGUUGCCAGGAUUGCUAAUGGGGCCAGAGGUGUCGCUCUCGACCCCGAGCAGCUCAACCGGCAGCUCCUCGACCGUUGGUCUCGGUAUCAACAUCGGUCUGGGUGGCACACAAAAAGUCAACGCUCUGAUGGACAACUAUGCUUGGGAAAACACACCGCUUGGACCAAGAGAUAAUUGGGACCUCUGCCUCCGGCAGGCAGUGAACCUUGUUCUUAAUGCCCCGUUCCCCACUGCGAUCUGGUGGGGCAUGGACUUAGUGCUUAUUUACAACGAUGCAUAUGCAGAAAUGAGUGGCCCCGCAAAGCAUCCCCGCAUCUUCGGCCUUAAAGGAAUUGAGGCCUGGGGAGAACUAUGGGACUCAUUAGGGCCGGCGUCUCACGAAUGCUUGAAGGGACAUCCCGUCUCCAAGCGCGACGAUCUACUGUUCAUGGACCGACUGGAAUCAGAUGAACAGCCCCUUGAAGAGACAUAUCACACCUGGAGCUGGACUCCAAUGUUGGGAGUUGAUGGAAACUUUGCCGGAUUGUUAAAUAAUACCCACGAAACGUCCUCAAAAGUCGUGGCAGAGAGAAGGAUUAAUACCCUUCAGGUCCUAGGCAGUCGCGCAGCUACUGCCGAGAACCGACAGUCAUUUUGCCAUGCAACAAUCGCAACCCUGGAAGAAAAUGACAAAGAUAUUCCUUUUGCUGCGUUAUACCUGACGGACACAGAAUCUAGUACUGAUUUAGAGGUCGAAGGUCAACCGAAGCCAGCGGUCGACGAUCGUCAGCGGCCUAGCCCCGAGGCUACUCGGCUCAGAUUGAGACUGGGAGGGAGUAUCGGCCUCAGAGAAGAGCACCCAUUCAUACCAUACGAAUUAUUCGUCUUCGUCAAGCCCACCCACUCGUCAGUCGAUUCAAAUGCGCCCCAAUUCGAAUGGCCCUUCGAGGAAGCCAUCCGAGAAAAGGAGCCAAUUCGCGUCGUCCUACCACCCAAAGUCUCAAAAGACUUUGAGAAUCGUGGAUGGGGUGAUCGUAUCAGCCAUGCCGUCGUCGUGGCUUUAUCCUCGGAAGCCGAUGGCGCUCCUCUGGGUGUCGUGAUCCUUGGUCUCAAUACGCGCCGUCACUACGAUGCGGAUUACCGCAAGUGGAUCGACGUCUUGCGGUCUUCUAUGAGCUCAUUGCUGAACGGUAGUCUUGCCCGAGAAGAAGAGGUUCGCAGGGCAGAGGAACUCGCGGAACUUGAUCGUGCCAAAUCGUCUUUAUUCUCUAGUGCAUCUCACGAACUUCGCACACCCCUCACACUGAUUGGGGGUCCGCUUAAUGAUUGUAUAGCGGAAAUCAAAGACGUCCACAUCAAAGCCAAGCUGUUGACUGCUUCGCGCAAUGUAGAUCGACUCGCGAGACUGGUCGACUCGUUAAUGGACUUCUCACGGUUAGAAGCAGGCAGAUUGGAAGGACGCUACUCACCUGUUCAAUUUGGUCCUUACGUGGCCGAUCUGGCUGCAGUAUUUCGCCCUGUGAUUGAAAAAGCACAGCUCACUUAUACUAUCACAUACGACACCAACGAGACGAGGGCUCUCUUCAUUGACCUGGAUUACAUGGAAAAGAUCAUCUUCAAUCUAAUCGGAAAUGCAUUCAAAUAUACCCUCGCCGGAAGCAUUUCCGUGGAUGUAGUUUAUACGGAUACACAUGCGAAGCUGAUCGUCAAGGAUACUGGUGUUGGUAUUCCUGCGGCUGAUUUGCCCAAGAUAUGGGAGCGUUUCCAUCGAGUUGAAGCGACAUCUCGCUCACACGAAGGAACGGGAAUCGGUCUGGCAUUGACAAAGCAAUUUAUUCAUCUUCAUGGAGGAGAUGUCACUGUGACAUCCAAGGUCUAUACCGACGAUGGAAAUGAUCAUGGAAGUACGUUCACCGCGUCAUUCCCUCUCGGGAAGGAACAUCUACCAGCCACUCGUCUUGUAAACGAGGUUUUGGAGUCGAAGAAGCCAAACUACGCUCGAACGAUUGUCGCUGAAGCGGCGAGAUGGAGACUCACUGGGGACGCCAUGACACCGAGCGACUCGGAAGACUCAUACACUAGCUUCGAUGGGACAAGGACAUCGGAAUUCGCUUUUGAUACUACCGACCUGGUCUUACUCGUCGACGAUAAUCAGGAUAUGCUAGAGUAUAUUAGGAACAUUUUUUCACGAUUUUGUCAUGUUCGUACUGCCUGCAAUGGUGCUGUGGCACUGGAGAGUGCUCGAAAGUAUCGACCAGACUUGAUCAUCAGUGACGUGAUGAUGCCUGUACUUGAUGGAUUUGGAUUGGUCAAUGCACUAAAGGACGAUGCUUUGAUACGUAACAUCCCGAUUAUCCUGCUAUCGGCGCGGGCUGGAGACACAAACAGAGCUGAGGGGAUCUUAUCUGGAGCGGAUGACUACAUUCCAAAGCCAUUUAGUUCGAGAGAGUUACUCGCCCGCGCUCAUUUUCAGCUUCAAUUGGGAAAACGUAAACGGGAGAUGGAACGACGGUUCCAGGAGCAAACGAAGGAAGGGCUCUUCCGUAUCAAUAAUGAUGGGAAAAUGUUACUCUGCAAUGACAGGUUCCGCGAAAUGGCCAAGAUGCCUCCGAACGUCGAGGAAAACUGGAUCAAUUACGUACAUGAGGACUACCGGAAAACAGUACAAUCCUCGCUCAUGGAAGCAUUGAGGAAACACGAAGAUGCCCAAAUCGAUUUUGUCUUCUCGAACGGUAACUGGGUCAAAAGUUACGUUCGAUGGUGGGUAAAUGGCCUCGUAGGAAUUGUCACAGACAUGUCUCUAACACGGCUAUACGAAGAGUCCCUAAAGAAGCGAGCUGAGGAAGCGGAGGAGCGUAGAAAGGAAGCAGAAGAACGACGUCGUGGCCAAGAGCUUCUUGUCGACGUGACUAGCCACGAAUUGCGACAGCCUGUGUCUGCUGUCAUCAAUUGCGCUAACGUUGUAUUCACAAACUUGACUAAACUUCGUAAGGCACUCAAGGAGGCCCUGCAAAAGGACUCGGGCUUCCAGGUAACGAAUCAGUUGCUCGCUCAAAUCGACGAAGACCUCGAGAGCUUAAACGCCAUCGAACUAUGUGGACUGGCACAAGGCCACAUUGUCAACGACAUCUUGACGCUUUCACGCAUGCAACUCCAGUUGUUAACGUUGCAGGAGUCGACCUUCCAGUUUGUUCAAGAAGUCCGCCAGACAUGUUCUAUCCUCUUCAACGAGAUGAAGAGCAAGGGAAUCAGUUAUACUCUAAAUUUCGGCCCGUCCAUCCAGAGAUUGGGCAUUGACUAUGUCUCGGCGGACAAGGUCCGCUUUGGACAAGUAAUCAUCAACCUUCUCAGUAAUGCUAUUCGUUUUAGUCAGCUGAGCACAAAGAAGGCCAUCGAGAUAAACGUGAAUGUUUCCCGGGGCCGUCCUGAUGACGCAAGUUGCAAGCCCCCAAAGAAUUAUCCAGGCGAUGAGGUGCGAAUUGGUCCCGGAGAACGAAUUUCCCUCUACGUUUAUGUGAGCGUGCGAGAUAGUGGCCCCGGCCUCAAACCAAAGGAUCUGGAAAUUCUAUUCCAACGCUUCCAAAGAGGAACCAAUAGCGAGGAGAUUUUUGGCGGUUCCGGCCUUGGUCUCUUCGUAUCAAGGAAAAUAUGUGACCUACUUCACGGGCAAAUCGAGGUGGAUGCAAAUUCCGUAGAGGAGAAGGGAUCAACGUUUAGAUUUUUCGUCGAAAUGCAUACAGAACCUGCCCCGAAGCCUUCAACUCCCCAGCACCCUCAUAUCGACAGGGGGUCGAGCACCAAGCUUCGUAUUCUCGUCGCCGAGGAUAAUCAAACCAAUCGCACCAUACUUGGCCGCCAACUCAAAAUGAAUGGAUGUGUACCAAGUUUGGCUGUCAAUGGUGCCGAAGCUGUUGACCUCGUCAUCAAAGCUGGGGAGGAGCCUUUCGACUGCAUUCUUAUGGACUGCGAAAUGGUCUGGCCUGUCAUGUCCGGGCUGGAGGCCAGUAGGGAGCUAAGAAGGCUUGAAAAUGCCGGCCGCAUACCUCGUCAACGAAUCAUCGCUUUGACUGGUAAUGCGCGGCGUGAGCAGUUAAACAGCGCCCUCGAAGCUGGGAUGAACGAAGUUAUGACGAAACCAUACCGCAUCCAAGAACUCCUGGAACGGAUCCGUAACAGUAAUGCAUGA